AUGAAAGAAGGAUGGUACUGGGGAGUGACAGGUGAACAGGAAUGGUCUCCUCUCAUGCAAACUGGGGUUGAUUGGAAGUCCCUAAUAUGGCCCGCGUGUCUUCCGCUCACUACCGACUUUUACCCCAAAGAUAGUGAGCUGAAUAAAUCAUACAAAGAAUCUAUGUACACCCUUCUUGCUGAUGAAAUCCUUGUCGGCACAAAGAAACUCUCGGUGGAGCAAGUAUACAAAGAGAUAAUCUCUCAGCGACUGAUGCAGGGCUGUCAAUUGAUUGUGAUGUCUCGCAAGACUCCCAAACCCAAAUCAGCCACAUCUAUGAGUGGACGGAAUUAUCAGGAGGCGUCAUUUGAAUAUUUUCUCAGCAUGGGCCGUACGUUCCAUCGAUUUAGUUUGAGUGAAGAAGUAAUCUCUGUCUACAAGUAUAGACCAAGACAUCUGUACUCUAACCCAACUGUAGAAUAUAGAUACCAACUAUGGACUGUUGAUAAGAAAGACUACGAACCAGCCACGGCUCUCUUCCGUCCAUCCAAGCUAGGUGAUCAGAGAGAACAGAUUACAGAUGAAUUCAACUGGAACUAUUUGGAUAAUUAUGUCUGUGCUUGUGAGGACUAUGGCUUAAUGGAGUCUCUGAAGUACUGGAGGAGUCGUUUCCUCCUGCUCCCAGCAUGCAAUGCAGCCACAAAGAAAAUCACCGAUGGGAGUAGUGAAACAUUUGAUAUCUACACAACUGAGGAGUCAAACCCAUCCAUUGAAAAAUUUGAAGGUUUCCUUAGAUUCAUAGAGGGUUUGAAUAGAAUCAGACGACCACCCGGCUCAAUGAGAAAACAGAUGAAACAAGCUCACGAUGUCCAGCAGCCCACAAGCAGACCGCCUUCAAGGAGACCAAGCACUGCUGAACUUACAUCGUUAACAUCACAAACAGUGUUGGAGAAGGAAGGGUCACCUGCAGCAGCACAGAAGUCAACACCAAUAAAUGUCAUAGCAACUACUUCUACUGAUGUUGCUACAGACAAUGCCCAAACUUCCAUGCUACGUGAUGCUAUGGGAACCAUCUUGGACAAGACAGAUGGGGAGGAUGCCAGUAAAGAUGAAGAUGAAAGUAUUGGAAUGACCUUUCUACCAACCGACCAGAGACUUUUGCCAAAAAAUUCCUUCAUGAGUGCUGAAGCUGUGUACUGGCUAGUGCAGACUAUUCCAAAUACUACUGAACAGCAAGCUGUGGAAAUAUUUCAGAAGGAUAUUGGUAAAAAUGUUGCUGCAGGAAGUGGCAGACCAGGGUUUAUUACUGAUCAUUGGGUGUGA